AUGGCAAGUCCGACGGCCAGCGGAGACCUUUGGUUCAGCUCAACACGAACGGUCAUUACAUCAAUUGCGCGGUGUCGAAAGCACCACCCAACAAAUACCUCUUGCACAGUGUCAAGUCAAGCCCAUGUGCGAUGUGGAGUGUGGUCUUUCAUCAAUGGUGAGCUGGUUUUUGUGCCACACUUUGUCGACCCACGGCGUGGCAGAGUCUUGUUUGGCCAUCGUCAAUUGGCUCUCCUGUAUGAGGAUAGCAACAGCCUCGACAGUGGAUCUGCAUAUCGCAUCAACAUCAACUACUUUGAUAUUGGCACAGCAACGACAGGUGGCUACAAAUGUCCAACAGUGACUUUCGCUCUACAUAUCUCACCCACCCUCUAUUCCAAGCCUUCGGGAGAGCUCGCUGCGGCAUUAGCGAGUCUCAGCAUUGUCAACGGACUCAAGCUACCCCCCUUGAAGAAGAUGCGAGUCACAAGCAUAAAUCAGGCUCAUUCGGAUGUGGUUGGUACUUGCUUUGUAUACCAGAUACAGCUUGCCCACCGCACACAGCUGCUUUGUCGACUCGACUGCGUUUGUUCUGCACCUCCAGCGCGACGAUUGGAAGCAGCUCUGUCUGACGGCGAUACGCUCGAAAACGUUGCUCUAGAACCUCAACUGCAAGAGCUGAGCCUCAUUCAGCACUUGACUCUGCCCACCUCUCAAUGGCUGGCCUACAUCUGCGCCACUGAUGUUUGCCCUCAUCUCGCUUUGGGGACCAACUACAAAGCACGGACUUGCGGCGGCUUACUUGCUCAUGCUUGCCCAAACCACUUUGGCGAGACAAACCCAGCUUUGAUCAAGGCAAGGGCGUUCCGUGUAUGGCAUCGAUUCGAGCGCGUAUUGCAGAAGUGA